AAGGGAACUCCGAAUUCCGCAGAAACAGGACAAUCAUAUUCCCGGAAAAACACAACAAAAGGAAAUCAACCGCUCUCUCUUUUAGUCUAACCAUAGAAAUUCAACAGAAAAAGAAAGAAGAGGCGAAAAAUGGGGGAGGAAGAUGGGAAAACGAAGAAGAGAGUGGUUGUGGAGUCCCUGGGAUGGCUGACGGAAUCCUCCAUCAUGCCGAAGAAGCACAGGGCAAUCUCCGGCGUCGGAGCUUCGUCGAUAAUGGAGCUUAAGGCUCAGCUCUACAAGUCCCAGGAAGACACCAAGAAGUCCAAGGAAUUGGCCGGCCCCGACGUCGAAUUCCACCGCGCCAAGAAGAAAAUCUCCCCUCACGAUCCCUUGUCCGCCAAGAACUCCGGCGUCGAGGCCCGUGCCCUCAAGGACAAGCUUCAGCUGAAAGCGGAAAAAGAUGGAUCAGCUAGCUACGCCGCAUUGGAGAGGAAGGCCGAGUUAUAUGAGAAGCUAGCGAGGGGUGAGCUGUCUGAUGAGGAAGAAAAGGAGAAGUAUUGUGUGGAUUUCUUUGGCAAGAGGCUGGAGGAGGAUGAGUCGCAGAAGAUGCAACAUCGUGAUUCUUCUGACGCUGAACCACCAGAAAAUGAAGAUAAGGAUAAUGAUGAUCCCAUGCUGUUUAAUAUGAAAUCUGUGCGACUUGGCCAAACUGCUGCCACAAUGGACAAUAAUGAACACAAGCGCUUUGUGAGGGAAGUUCACGAAGAAGUGAAUCGAGCGAGAGAAAAGGCAUCUGAGCUCAAAUUACGCAGGCAAGAACAGGCUGCUGCCCAUCGCGAGAAACUAAAACAGGCCUAUCUCCGGAAACAGCUGGAGAAGCUAAAAGCUGCGUCCAGUGUUGAGAAGUCAUGAUAACAAAAUCAGGAAGGUGCUGUUAAAACGACGCUACAGGUUUAUUUUCGCUUCACCGGCGCAACCAUGUUAAAAUUUUUACCUCAUCAAUCCUGGCGUCAUAAUAUGGAUAGAAGGAUGCGUUAUAAUUAGACAAAUUUUUUAGUCAGUGCAACUUGUAUUCUAUAUGUAAGUUUGCGUUUCUUCCAUGUCUCGAAUUUUUGACCGUAUAGUAGCCGUUUAUGAUGUGAAUGGAAAUAUGGAAUGACGGGCCAACUUUUCCUUUUAUUUUAUCU